AUGGGUCCCGGAAAGAAGAACCUCAAGGCGACGAAAAAGUUCGAAAAGAACCACCUCAAGGGUGUGCUGGACAAGAGAAAGGCGUCGGCCAAAGUCAAGCAGCGACAACAGGUCAAGGACAAGAAACAAGCCCGACGAACCAAGGACUCGGAAUUUUUCAAGGGCGGCGAAGAUGGCGCUACCCCUGAGAAAAAGGUCAAUGGCGUCAAGGCCAAGAAGAGCGGCGAGAUGAGCGUCGACGACUUUUUCCAAGGCGGCUUCGACGAGAUUAUCGAUAGCAAGGGCAGCAAAGCUGGUAGCAAGCGCAAGAGAAGCCAGCCGGGUGAGGAUGAGGAUAUGAGCGACGGAAGUGGCUCUGGCGUCGACAUCAGCCAACAGCCCGUGGGUAGUGAUAGCGAGGACGACAAUGACGAGGACGAAGGCGGCAUGAGCAAGGAGACUAUGGAUAAGCUGGCAGAGAAGGAUCCCGAGUUUUACAAAUUCUUAAAGGAAAACGACCCGGAGGCGUUGGACUUUGAUGACGAUGCGGAUUUGGCAGAGGUGGAUGAGCUGAGUGCCGGUGAGGACGAGCCAGAAGAGGAGCAGCCCAAGAAGAAGAAGCAAAAGAAGAGCAAGGCCGCGAAAGAAGAGGAGGAAGAGCCUUCCCAGAGCAACGAGUUGACUCGAUCGACCGUCGCGACGUGGCGAAAGGCCAUGGAGGAGAGUAACUCACUCAGAGCAGCUAGACAAGUUGUUCUGGCGUUCCGGUGCGCAGCUCACCUAAAUGAAGAGGACGAGGACGGCGAGACACAGCAGCGGUGGGCGAUCAACAGUCCCGAGGUGUACAACGACGUGUUGGUCCUGGCGCUCAAACAGAUUCCCGUGGUCAUGAACCACCACCUGCCGGUCAAGGAGUCUGCAUCUGGCAGAGUAUACGUGCAGACGGAGACGAAAAAGUUCAAGACGCUGUCCCUCCUCCUCAAGUCGUACACCUCGUCCAUCAUGCACCUCCUGGGGACGCUAUCCGACGACAAGACGCUCAAGCUGACCCUCUCGUCGCUGACCCCCAUCCUGCCAUACCUCCUCUCAUACAAGAAGCUCGUCAAAGCACUCGCCAAGGCCGUCGUCAACUUCUGGGCCCAGCCGGCCAGCUCGCAAACCACCAAAAUCACGGCCUUCCUCGUGCUGCGGAAACUCGUCGUCAUCGGCGACAAGGGCAUCCGCGAGACGGUCCUCAAAGCCGUGUACCAGGGCCUCGUUCAGGGCAGCCGCGUCACCAACCACAACACCAUCCAGGGCAUCAACCUGAUGAAGAACUCGGCCGCCGAGCUCUGGGGCAUCGACCCGUCCGUCGGGUACACCACCGCCUUCACCUUCAUCCGCCAGCUCGCCAUCCACCUGCGCAACAGCAUCGUCAACAACAAGAACGACGCCUUCCGCAUGGUCUACAACUGGCAGUUCACGCACUCCCUCGACUUUUGGUCCUGCGUCCUCGCCGAGCACUGCUCCCCUCUCAAAGAAGCAGAGGCCGGCAAGGAGAACCAGCUCAAGCUCCUCAUCUACCCGCUCGUCCAGGUCACCCUCGGGGCCAUGCGCCUCAUCCCCACGGCCAUCUACUUCCCCCUGCGCUUCCACCUCGUCCGCUCCCUGCUGCGCACCUCCCGCGCCACGGGCACCUACAUCCCGCUCGCGUCCCCGAUCCUCGAGGUCCUCUCCUCCGCUGAGAUGAAGAAGCCCCCCAAGGCCACCACCCUCAAGGCCUUUGACUUUGCCGUCUCCUACAAGGCCCCCAAGUCGUACCUCCGCACCCGCAUCUACCAGGACAACGUGGGCGAGCAAAUCGUCGAACUUCUCAGCGAGUUUUUCCUCCUGUGGUCCACGUCCAUUGCUUUCCCGGAGCUGGCCCUCCCCGUCAUCAUCCAGCUGAAGCGGUGGUUGAAGCAAGCCCGCUCCAAGAACCAGGGCAACAAGAACGCCAAGCUCGUCUCCCAGCUCGUCAUCCUCGUGCAGAAGCUGGAAGCAAACGCAAAGUUUGUGGAGGAGCGUCGCGCCAAGGUGGACUUUGCGCCCAAGGACCGCGCGCAGGUGGACACUUUCUUGAGGGACUUUGAUGUGGCUAAGACGCCGUUGGGGGCGUAUGUCGUGAGCCAGAGAAAGGUGCGGGAGGAGAAGAGCAAGAUGUUGGAGGAUGCGAGGAAGGAGGAGGAUAGGAAGAGGAGAGAGGACGAGAGGCGUCAGGAUGAGGGUGAGGAUGAGAGCGAAGAUGAGAUGGAGGUUGAUGAUGAAGAUGAAGAUGAGGAUGUGGACGAGGAUGAGGACGUUGAGCUGGACGACGAUGAAGAUGACGAGUAA